UCUAGCCUAACUAGCUAGUCAUGGAGAUGGAUGUACCACCCAAAAUGCUUGCCUCUCUCACCAUGACCAUACUAAUGACGAUGAUGGCCACCUCCAUGACACUUGCGGCGGAUGCAGCGGUGCUCGAAGGACAAGCAAGAGCACUCCUCAUCUGGAAAGAUAGCCUCGACAACCAAAGCCAUCAAGCCCUGCACUCCUGGGGAAACACAUCGACGCCUUGCAACUGGCGCGGCAUCAGUUGUGAUACCAGUGUGCAGCGACACCAGCAUUGGCCAGUGAUCAGCGGCAUCUCUCUGCGGGGUAUGCGGCUGAGAGGGGCUCUGGAGUCCCUCAACUUCUCGGCCUUGAGGACCUUGACACGCCUUGACCUCUCACACAACCUCCUCACUGGGAGCAUUCCUCCUAGUAUCGAGGUCCUUCGCGAGCUCCAUGCUCUUCUUCUGCAAGGCAACCAGAUAAGAGGCUCAAUCCCACUAGGUCUAGGAAAUCUCACAAAAUUGUAUUCCUUAAUGCUUCAUGGAAAUGAACUCUCCGGUGAAAUACCAAGCCAGAUAGGCAACAUGAGUAGUCUUGUCACCCUCAACUUGUCAAGCAAUCACUUGGUUGGUCAUAUCCCUUGUGAAAUAGGACACAUGAAGCACUUAGUUGCAUUAGAUUUGUCCAGUAAUAAUCUUUUCGGUAAAAUACCAAGCAGCAUAGGUGGUUUGACCGAACUCACUAGCUUGUACCUUUACAGUAACAAACUUUCUGGACAAAUUCCACGAGAACUAGGUUAUCUUCUUAACUUAAAGGACCUGCAACUUGGCAUCAACACACUCUCAGGUUUCAUUCCACGAUUUUUUCAUAAUUUAACCAAGCUCACCGUGUUAAUUCUACGGCUAAACAAACUUUCUGGGCUAAUUCCACCAAAAAUAGAUUACCUUUCGACCUUAGAGUACCUGGAUCUUAGUGAAAACAUACUCUCGGGUUCCAUCCCAAAUAGUAUAAGAAAUUUGACGAAACUCACAACCUUGUGCCUUAACAACAACCAACUUUCUGGGUUAAUUCCACAAGAGUUAGAUUACCUUGCGAACUUAGAGUACCUGGAUCUUAGUGAAAACAUAUUCUCGGGUUCCAUCCCAAAUAGCAUAGGAAAUUUGACCAAACUCACAAGCUUGUACCUUUACAACAACCAACUUUCUGGGCACAUCCCACGAGAACUAGGUUAUCUCGAGAACUUAGAGAAUUUCUUGCUUAGCAACAACACACUAACAGGUUUGAUCCCAAAUAGCAUAGGAAAUUUGACAAAACUCACUAACUUAUUUCUUUUCAUGAACCAAAUUUUUGGACGCAUCCCUCAAGAACUAGGUCGCCUUAAGAACUUAGAGUUCUUGAAUCUUGGCAACAAUACACUAACUGGUUCCAUCCCAAAGAGCAUAGAAAAUUCGACCAAACUCACAUGGUUGUUCCUUUACAGCAACGACACAUCCCUCGAGAACUAGGUCGCCUUGAGAACUUAGAGCUGUUGGUGCUUAGAAACAACACACUAACUGAUUCCAUCCCAAGUAGCAUAGGAAAUUUGACCAAACUCACAUAUUUGAACCUUCAGAAUAACCAAGUUUCUGGACA